AUGUCUCGUUCACCCCGCACCUCUACUCCUGGAUCAUCCAUGACUUCAUCUAGCAGCAUUUCGACAAAGUCCCACACCACUGGGACGACCACGACUACUAAGCACAUGAAGAGCACCAUGACCUCCAGUGCUACUGCUACCUCAACCUCCAAUGCAGCCGGUCUUAUCCUGCCGCCGAACCAGGCUGGCAGUCUGCUUCUGGGCCUUUUCGCGUGUGUGUUCUAA